UUGGCUGAUAAGUGGCACCUCACAGCAGAACUCCAGGGGAGCGCUUGAUUCCUCCACGGUGAGGGCAGCGCGGCCAGCUCAUGUUUGCGCGCUGCGGCACAUUAAAACAUUAAAUAGCCGAGAGUUUUUUUUCAGCGUGAUAAAUACGAUGUGUGGCGGGAGUGCGUGACUAAAGACCGAAAUGCGUGACUGUCACGCUCAAUGCGUGACACUUGAGAGCCCUGGUAUGUUGGUCUCACUUGUAGUUGGUGCCAUAACUUGCCCCAAAAAGCAUAUAAACACUUCAACGUGCGACUACGGUGUGACAAAGAAGCCGGUGGAGAAGAUUCCCUGCAAGCAUGUGAUGUUUCGGUCCAGCGUGCAGCGGAUCAGCUUUCCUGCCAAGACCCCAGGCCCAGGGGCCUACAAACCUUGCUGGAAGUUGGGCCAUCGCCUGAAGACAGAGGCCACAGACCUGUCAUUUAGCCUCUUCUUCUGCGACAUUCUCUUUGGAAUUCAAUUCCCAUGGGGCCUAGAUCUUUUCAGCCCAAAUAGCAGAGCACACACAGUGACCCUGUGUUAUUUUUUUAAAUAAAAGUAAAAUGUAAAAAAAAAAAGCAAUAUCCCAGUCCCUUUUUCCUUGGACAAAUGUCUAUCUGUAUGUCAGCAAGGGAUUUUGUGGUCUGCCAACAACAUAAUAAACCACAUUUGUUGCGCUCAAAUCACUUUCGAGACGCCGGCCAGGGAAGCAGAAUGAUCUUAUCUGCAACAAAAGGUACUUCAUUCCACUUCACUAGAUGUUCCUGGUAGGCUACUGCUCCCUCCCUUCAUCUCUCCUCUCCCAUUUCCAUUGGCAGUCGGGCUGCUUUACUAUCCCUGUCCUGCGAUGCACUCAGGAGGAGAAAUGCUGCUCAGCCAUGCGUCACGUGCACAUAGCUUAGUGUGGCAUGUUGCACCCUCAGAUAACACAUUCAGCAUUCGGGGCCAAGUCAGUGGCACACAAUAAAACAGCUAUUCUUAUCGCUACCUACUCGUUCUUUUUUGUGUGGACGAAACAAACAAACGCCCCCAGUGAUGUCGAGACACAAGAGAGCAGUGACGAUAGGAAUCACCAUCCAACAGCGGAUUAGAUCAAAAAACACAUUGGUUGCUGGUGUGAUCCUGGGCAAUGUUUAUCAUGUAUUGACUCAUAAAAAUGAUCAUUGUUUUCUUGAGCAUGCAUGCACUUUGUCAGCACUGUUUUAUACUCAUAGAUUUGCGCCUAUUGGACAGCUGCUAAGGGAGUGGCUUUAUCUUCAUCCAUUCUGCCCACCCAGAUUCUGUUAUCAGAUAAUGUGUACAAUAAUAAAUAGAGCCCAAUUUCUUAAGCUUUA